UAAAUUUCAACUAGGUAUAGUAAAGUAAGCUAUAUAUAUAUAUAUGUGAUAUGCCACCUGCAACAAAACGUCGAAGGUACAAUGAAGAAGCAAUGAAGUCAGCAAUAUUAGCUGUAGUAGAAGGGGGCAUUACAAAAAAAGCUGCUGCAGCAAAAUAUGGCAUACCCCGUACAACAUUAAUUGAAAAACUUUCUGGAAAGUAUCGAGAAGGGAAAGGACCUGGUCGAGAUCCUUACCUUACAGAUGAUGAAGAGGAAGCAAUCGCGACCUGGAUAAAGAAAUGUUGUCGCAGAGGUCUACCACCACAUAAGAACGAUAUCCUUAACACCGUUCAGCGCCUUAUCAAGGACAUCCCAGGGCGGGAAAGUCCUUUUCAGAAAGACAGACCUGGAAGACGCUGGUUUGAGGGUUUCAUGAGGCGCCAUCAAGAUCUGUCUGUGCGCAUACCAGAGCAUGUUUCAAAAGCGAGAUGCCAAAUAACAGAGUCCAGCAUCAGGAAGUGGUUUGGGGAGCUGCGGCAGCAUAUUACCGAAGAUGGAUGCGAGGACAUAUUCAUUGAUCCUGCACGCAUUUUUAACACAGAAGAGUCCUCGAUCCAGCUAUGCCCUUCAACUGAGAAAGUCAUUGGAUUAACAGGCCAUAAGAAUGUAUAUGAAGUGGCAUCAGGUCCUGAGAAAUCAAAUUUAACUUUCUUGGGUACCUUCAGUGCCCAGGGAGAUAUUGUGGCCCCUAUGAUAAUAUACCCCUAUGCCCGGCUUCCUAAGAACAUUGCCAAUGCAGUUCCGGAUGAAUUUAUUAUUGGAACAUCAGAGUCUGGCUGGAUGAAAGCCGAAACUUUUUACGAAUUCAUUGCUAAUGCCUUUUUACCAUGGCUUAAUGAUAAAAGCAUAAAAAGGCCAGUAAUUUUAUUUGUGGAUGGGCACAAGACCCAUAUAACACUUCAAACUUCAACACUCUGCGAAGAUAAUGGGAUCAUACUUUAUUGUUUGCUGCCAAACAUGACUCAAAUUUUACAACCAGCUGAUGUUGGGCCUUUCAAUCCUUUGAAGAUGUACUGGAGGCAGGCAGUUGUAAAAUUUCAGAGGGAGAAUCCUAACUCUGUGGUUAGGAGAAAAGAUGUUGCCCCACUCCUUAAAGACGUCUUGCAGCUGGUUUCCAAGCAAUCAAUCAUCAAUGGCUUUCGUGCUUGCGGUCUGUACCCACUGAAUGAAGAUCAAAUUGAUUACAAAAAGUGUUUAGACAUUGACAAAGACGAAGAAGAGGUCCAGCAGAGCAGUAGUAAACCUAGUACUCCUGCUGUUCAGUUAAGACCAUCGAAAGAGCAGCUCGAAAUUUCUCUUUCUACUAUUUACACUCUCUUAGGACCUGAGAAAAGCCAAAGAUUGAAGCAGGGACAACUGCUUGAUAAUGAUGACUGGCAUGGCAUGUACAAAGAGUUAGUUGUGCAAGCUGCUCAACAACCAGAUGAGGAGAGUUGCGUUUCAGUCAAGCAGGAGCAGGAGGAGAUAGUACUGCAGCUACUGCUGGACCCAAUCAAUCUUCAGUUGCAUCAGCCAAUGAAGCUGUCAAAGAGUGAGGAUCCCUAAUUAACAUCAACCUUCCUGCAGAUGAAUACUCAAAGAUUUUUUAUUUGGCUACAUCUUGACUCUGGAAUACCCAAUUAGUAAUCAAUCCAAAUUAAACAAUUGAAAUAGGUCCAGACAUGGAUGAGGGCGAUUUAUAUAUGGCACCUGCCAUUUCACCAGUACCAACAAAUGAUCCUCCUUCAAGAGCUCCAUCUUCUGCUACUGCCUCUGCAUCUUUGUUUUUCAUUCCCUCUGUCACUUCUUCACCUCAGCCUUCAAUAACUGCCACUUCUACCACUAAGGAACCACAGUCUUCAACUACUGCCACUUCUACCCGUCAGGAGCCUCAGCCUUCAACUUCUGGGAUCCAGAAGUUGAACCUUGGCAACCUCAUCUAAAACUUUGUCAACAUUAACUAUUCCAAAUCCAGUAUAAAAACAUCUUCAUUAUCCAGCCAAAAUAGUAUAUAAAGAGAGAAAGGCCCCAGCAGGCAGCAACACCACUCCUGAGCGUCAUUAGCGCUUGCCAGUAUCGAUCACAAUUACUUGAAAAAGCAAUAGGCCAAAAGAAUGAUGACUGGUUGUGUGUAUAUUGUAAUCAUUCAUGGUUGAAUGAUAAAGAAAGUAAAGUAAAGGCUAAGUGGAUCAAUUGUGAUCCCUAUGAUGAAAAAAUGCAUAUUAGUGGUCUGCCAAAAAAGUAUAUGAACAAAAUUUGUUUUGAUUGGGAUGCUAUAAAGAAUGGAGAAGACGUUGAUUUCGUGUGCAAGUGUUGUCUUGAAGGUAGCCAGGCCUUAACAAAAUAAGAUAACAAAGGAUGUCUAGCCAAGGAAAGAGGAAAUAAUUUUCAGUAAAAAAGUGUUUUUAGUAUCCUAUUACACUGUUGGGAAUGUUUAUAAAAGCUUGACUGAAUAUGCCUCACAACCUGACAGAUUUUGAAGUGCUGUCGGAAUUAGUCUUACAAUAUGCAGUAUUUAGUCACACAGUGCCGGAAUUCAGCGAAUUAGUAGACUUGAAUUCUAAAGGCUUUUAAAUAAAUAUGGCAACAGUUUGUGACGUUUCAUCAUUGCUGGCGCAUAGUGUGGUGUUUUGAGAGAGACCUAAACCAAUUAGAACUCAAGUUGCACAUACGGUGAUCUAUUUAUAGCCAUUUAUUUCUUGCUACGUCCUUAAGAUGUCGGAAUAUGGUGUGUUUACCCUAUGAUAGGAAAACGAUGAGUAAACGAUGUGAAAAUAAUGUAAAAAUUGUGUGAAAAUGAUGUGGAAAUGCUGUAAAAAUGAUGUAAAGAUUAUGUAUAUGAUAACAAUAAAUGAUGAUAAUAAAUUUCA